CAAAUGAUCAAAGGUUGAAUAGAUUACUCUUCGCCCUGAUGUCUCUUGAAUAAAAAGAAAACAUGUUAGGUAAUAUCCAUAACAUUGAAUAAUCAAUUAUACACGUUAUAUUGUUGGCUAAAUUAAAAUAUAAAAACUAAACAGUGUAAAUUAAAUAGUCCAUUAAUAACCUUUCCAAGAUUUUACGUAUAAUCUAUUGUAUUUACAGACCAAAUGUUAAUCAUUCACAUUCUAUCAUAUCUAACAAUAUUGGAUUUAAUGUUACAGAUUGAUUCAACCAGAGAAAAGAUAACUUCUGAAAAAUGGAACAAUCUAUUAAAUACAGAAUUAUUUAUAGAUCAAACAAUAAAAUUACACAUACAAAAGGAAUGUAUACAGGCACUAGCAAAUGUCUCUAUAAAUAAAAAAUCUGAAAUUACCUGCGAAUCAUUUGCAAAUUUUAUAAUCGAUCUUUUAUUUCAAGAACAUAAUGGUAAAUUACCAGAUAAAGUAAGCUUACAUUGUUUUACCAUAGGGCGUUUAUAAAGAUUGUUGAAUUUCAUGAUUUAAAUUAAAGAGACCCAUCGAAAACCAGGAGACACUGGGUCAAUGUUUUGUCUUAGUAAGAGACUUAUCAUCAGCGUUGAUCCAUAACCCCACCUUGGAUCAGACAAAAGAAUUUCGGAUCUUUUAGUGGAUAGUCAACUUUUAGGCCAUAGCUAUCUACUGCUUACAGGAGUUCAGGGGAUAACGUUUUGACUCUUGAAUUCUAUAGUAUUAGGUUCGAAUCUCAAUGUGAAGAUUAAAAUUGAGAUUUAAGUAAGCAGUCAACCGUAGAGUCCCAAAUAGGAUGAAACUUGACGCGUGGAUUUUACCACUGACCGCAGACCAGUUAUACUAAGACGAAUCCCAUGAAUGUUGUUUACUUUUAGUUAAUAACUGGAAACUAUACCUCACAGCUUGACUGACUGCUUGAAGGCUAGUCAUAAAACUAAAUAAAGCAGUUACCAAGAUCGUCAGAAUACUUGAGCAAUGUAGAUCAGAUCGGAGAAUCUAUAUUUUAAAUUAUUAAUAUCAGUGAAUGUUAUAUGUAGGUAUCAAUGUCAAAGUCUCAGUUGGUAAUUUGAAAUAAACACAGUAUCGACAUUCUAUUAUUUAAAGUAAAUCACUUCUGCAAACUAUUUGAUUUAUUUAUUUAAACACACAAACAUUGGUACAAGGAGGCACCAAAUAGAUAUGCGCCACAUAAAUCAUUCGAUUUGUGCAAGGGCUGGGAUACUGACCGGGUGCCCAAACCGAAGCAGGUGGUUUUCUUAGGGGGUCACACCUGGAGCCUUCGACCUAAAGGUCUGAUUCACAAGGCAGAGAGGCGACGUCAGGAGAUGCAGUCCCAUGGUAUCCGAUGACCAACAGUAGGUUAAUACCCCAUUUGUUCCUUCAGGAUACUGGAGUUCAUGUGUACCAUUGGUUUGGAAUCAGGGUUUUCCAACUCCUCUGGGUGGACUAUCCGUGUCCACCGUUCCAGUUAAAGCCCCUCUCACUUUCGUAAACAACACCCCCGCGGUGAGAAGGCAGUGAAUAGGACUUCCCUAUCAGUGGUUGUAUGAACGCGGCCAUGUGAGAGGAUUUGUAGAGGGAGAGAUGACUCUCCCUACUCUUGGCCGUGACAGGGCAUUUGGGGGCUCUCCAAAAUAAACAAAUAAGUAACCGAAAUUAAUAUGAUUUACUUUAGUUUUAAAUUCUUUAUAAUUAUAUAUUAAAAAUUCAAAAUACCAUUUACGAAACAGAUUAAUAAUGACUAUCAAUCCACCUUAUCAGGCAAUCAAACUUGUUUAGGCUUUUAGCCCUUCUGAUAAAACGAAGAUAGAAAUCAUUUGAUCUGAUAAAAUAUAGUUUGAACCGCAUUAAGUUUCGACCCAUUGAAUCGAAGGGAGUGUACACAACUUGCAAAAUGGUGUUAUUCUAAUGUUGUAAAAAUAAUAAACAAAAAGUAAAAUAAACAGGAAUCAUUAAAAUACUGUUUUGUUUUAGUCUGAAGCUCUUUGACAAUAAUCAUUUAGAACCCCUACACAAAAUAAGUGGAAUUCAGGACUAAAAGGUAUCAUAGUGACCAUUUUAUCUUUAGAUUAAUCAGUUAUAAUCUAAUGGUUUAUAUUUCGAACUCAUAAAAUAACGCAAUCGUUAUUCAAUAUCAUCAAGUACAAUUGUCUCAAUUUCAUAAUUAGUUGAAUUUCAUCGAGUAAGAGUUCUCAUAAACACUUUAGUGAUCUUUUAAUAAAUUUAAUCACCAAUGAAUACAAGGAUAACAUUCAAUUUAUUAGAUUGUGGAAAGUUGAAAGAAGAAUGUUAAAGGGUUUUUCAGAAGAAGGCUAUCUCCUAUACACCCUCCACAAAAAAACACUAGCUAUCAUAAUGAACUCAAAUGUAUCAGUUAAACAAUGUAAUUAUCAUAUGGAAUUCCUAUGAUGGAUUAAAAUGCAAAAUCGUACAUGGAGGACAGUUGACAAAGUCGUUCGAAGCAAAGACCGAUGCCAGGCAAGGUUGCUUACUCUCACCCUUUCUCUUUUUCCUGGUGAUCGGCUGGAGCAUGAAGACGUCAACAUCUGAAGGGAAAUACGGGAUACAGUGGACAUCUAGGAUGCACUUGGACGAUCUAGACUUCGCAAAUGAUCUGGGCCUUCUAUCCCAAACGCAACAACAAAUGCAGGAGAAGACGACCAGUGUAGCAGCAGCUUCAGCAGCAGUAGGUCUCAAUAUACACAAGGAGAUAAGCAAGAUUCUCCGAUACAACACAGAACGCAACAAUCGAAUCACACUUGACGGAGAAGAUUUGGAAGAUGUGAAAAUCUUUACAUAUCUGGGCAGCAUCAUUGAUGAACAGGGUGGAUCUGAUACAGAUGUGAAGGCAAUAGCAGCAUAUUCACAACUAAAGAACAUCCGGAACUCAAAACAGCUGUCUGUUAACCAACAUCAAGGUCAGAAUUUUCAAUACAAAUGUCAAGACAGUUCUACUGUAUGGGGCGGAAACCUGGAGAACUACGAAAGACAUCAUCCAGAAAAUACAGGUGUUUAUUAACAGUUGUCUACGCAAAAUACUUCGGAUCCGUUGGCCGGACACUCUCAGCAACAACCUAUUGUGGAAAAGAACAAACCAGAUCCCAGUGGAGGAAGAAAUCAGGGAGAAACGCCGGAAGUGGAUAGGACACACAUUGAAGAAAGCAUCCAACUGCGUCACAAUACAAGCCUUCACAUGGAAUCCUCGAGGACAAAGAAAAAGAGGAAGAUCAAAGAACACAUUACGACGAGAAAUGGAGAUAGACAUGAGGAAAAUGAACAAGAAUUCGACGGAACUAGAAAAGAAGGCCCAGGACAGAGUGGGUUGGAGAAUGCUGGUCUGCGGCCUAUGUUCCGUUGGAAGUAACAGGCGUGAGUAAGUAAGUCAACAUUUUUAAAGUAUAUUGCUAGAAACUAGUGAAUUCAUUUAUGAGAUAUUCCAUUAUAAUAUAUAUUGUUCACAUUCAAAGAUCAACUCAUUGUUUCCCCAGGUUUCUUUGUUCUCUGUUGUUUGUUUGUUUCUUUUUUUCUAAUUCAACAGAUAAAUCUCGAUGGUAAGUUCAACCGAUCUGAAUAAAAUUGUCAAUGAAGAAGAAACUAUUUUAUUAGACAGUCUGAAAAAGAAAACAACAAUAAGAAGAUAAAAAUAAUUAAUCUCGUUUACUCUGUUCUCCUUUCUCCUUUCUUUCUUUCUUUUUUCUCUUUUUUUCUUUUCUUUUUCUAGUCUGUACUGGAUGUAAGAUGACAGUGAUUUCAGUAAAAUUCGUAUUACAACUUUCACAAGUUACUUACUAUAUUAACAAAUUUAUUGAUCAAUUGUGUAUAUUCACUGGACCAUAUUUAUCUGAAUGUUCAUUUGUUGCUCAAAACUAUGCUGGUAUAUUAUUAAAUUUAUUUGAAAAUUCAACUGUUCCUAUGAUCUGUCAGAGAUUGAUGAUAUGUUAAAGAAUACUUGAGAAGUUGAAAUAUUGAGGAGGUGAAGAAGAACUCUAUUUUACUUCAUUGUAUUUUUGUCAAUAAAUAAACUAUUGUGGAAGUA